AAAUAAUUUUAAUAAAAUGGCUACCAGACCUUUACUCUCUAUUGCUGCUGUUUCAGGACUUAGGGCGGCUCUAUUACACUCUAGAAGUAUCCCCAGACAAUUUUACUCUGCUAGUAUCCUGGAGAGAAGAAGAAAGAAAGCAAAAGAUGGCCUUUAUAACUCAAGAAAUGGUACUGUGUGGGUGUGGCCUAAUAAAAAACGUCACUACUGCACCUCACCAUCAGAAAAUGAAACAGAAAAAGAAAAUAUUAGUGUUACGUACAUCGGCAAAGAUGGAGAGAGACAUGAAGUAAAAGGAAAAGUCGGAGACAACCUACUCCAUCUUGCUCACAGACACGGCAUAGACAUGGAGGGUGCUUGUGAAGCUUCGUUGGCAUGUACUACAUGUCACGUAUACGUUGAAAAUGAAUAUUUUGAUUUAUUACCAGAGGCACACGAAGAAGAAGAAGAUUUGCUCGAUCUUGCUCCAUUUUUACAAGAGAACUCCCGACUAGGCUGCCAAGUCAUCCUAACUAAAGAACUCGAUGGCAUGACCGUAACACUUCCAAAAGUGACAAGAAACUUUUAUGUUGAUGGCCACACUCCUCAACCUCACUGAAGAGUGUUGAUGCAUGCAUAUUAAUACAAAUACAGUUAUAAUUGCGAUGUAUUAUAAAUUUUUGUGAUCAUGUAGCAAAAUUAAUGAUAGCUAGACAAUAAAAAAUAAAAGAAACAAGUUACAGCAUUGCUUUAUGUACAUGUAUACAUGUAGCUCUCUAUUUUUUAAUACUUAAAAAUGUUUGAAACUGGA